AUAAUAUUCCAUUACAUAGCCAUACCACAGUUUACCCAUUCACCUUUCGCUGGGUAUAUUGGUUGCUUCCAUUUUUCCCCCACUAUAAAUAAGGCUGUUGUCUUCUUUUUGAUUAUAAAUACAGCAUUAUCUCUUAGUUCCUUAAAACUCUUUAUUAACAUAGUUUAUAGUGACUGAAUAUAUUUUCCAUUGACUUUAUAUAUAUAUAAUAUAUAUAUUUUUAAUUGAAGUAUAGUCCGUUUACAAUGUUGUGUCAAUUUCUGGUGUAUAGCACAAUACUUAAGUCAUAUAAGAACAUACCUAUAUUUGUUUUCAUAUUCUUCCAUUGGCUUUUAAAUUAAAGCAAUUGUCUGUGGAUGGUAGCAUACUGGAUGAUUUAAAACAUUUCUUCUAUCGCAUUCUCUGCAUUUUCUAAAUUCACCACAGUGAGUGUGCAUUUCUUUGAUGGACAGAAAAAUCAACACACUUAUUUUUUAAAGUUCCUAAUUUCCUCAGGUGCCUGGAUAAGGGUCCACUACAGAAUUCUAGCUGCCUGUGUAUUUUGGAGACCUGAAAAUUGAAGAGUAGACGGUGUUACUGGUGGGCAGUCACCUCCCUCUAUAAAAUAGCCUGAUUAUAGCUUCCAAAACAUAUGCUGUUUUGAGACACAUCAGUGAUUCUCAAAGACGAAAAAGGUUCUGGUUCCAGUUUUUGAGGUUCCAUAAUUUUAAAAAUGAAAAAUGUCCCAAAAAAGUUAUUAAAAACUGCUUUAUUUAGAGUUGAUGAACAUCUUGUAUUGCUGUGGCUCUAUGUAGGGCCCCCUUUGGAGGUAAUGCAAAGUUCUCCAUGGAGGUCUGGGCCCCGUCUGCCUCUGAUGACUGUCACCAGGUCUUGAGGUUGUUGCCAGAAUAUGUUGGCUGCAAAACUUCCUCCCACUCCCAACCUGGCAGCUGAGCAGAUUAAGCUCUUUAAGUGGAGUUGUUUAGCAUUCUCAUGGGAAUGUUUCUUUCAAUGUGAAGGAUGUCCAUAAACAAACAAAAAGAGCUUUCAUCUCUACAUCGCUUUAGAGUCUCCAAGAUCCUUUCACAGUAAAUCUUUUUCACUGUUGAAGAGAAGGAGGGAUGGUCACUUUCAUUUCUGAAAGGAGUGAUGAAGACACAGGAUGAUUCAGAGGUGGCAGCACACAAGAGCAUCGCAGAAGUUGGCCGGGAGCUGGCAGAGCUGGUGGAACAGCUUGUAGAUAUUGUCAGGAGCCUUCAGAGGCAGAGACAUGUCCCAGAAUCUGGAGCAGACAAUCAAGCUUUGUCAGGUGGGGUGGACCUUUCCUUGGCUUCUCCAAAACUAGUGACUUCCGACACACCUGAUGGGAAAAUGGGAGACAUUCUGCGUGACCUUGAAGAGAUCCAGGAAAAAUUACGAGAAAACUUCACGUGGAAAGAGGCCCUUGAAGAACAAAUGCAGGAUUCCUUAGUUGAACUUCCGGAAGCUCCGUCUUCCUCCUCAUGCCCACUGCCUGUCCAGAGCCACCUUGCACCCAAGAGGACCUCCUCGUUUGCUCAGUGGGCCAUCAGUCCAACCUUUGACCUAGGGAGCCUCUCCUGUAGCCUGGAGGUGUCCGAGGAUCACCGGAGGGUGACUGUAUCUCACUACCCCCAGCCCUAUCCCAGGAGUCAUGAGAGGUUUGCCUCUUGCCAGGCCUUAUGCUCCCAGGCCCUCUCAUCUGGACGGCAAUACUGGGAAGUGGACACUCAGCAUUGUAGCCACUGGGCAGUUGGGGUGGCUUCCCAGGGAAUGAGGCGUGACCAGAUCCUGGGAAGGACUAGGGACUCCUGGUGUGUAGAGUGGAAAGGGACUAGCCAGCUCUCUGUGUGGCACAUGGUCAAGGAGACUGUCCUCUGCUCAGACAGACCUAAUGUGGUGGGCAUCUGGCUGGACCUGGAGGAGGGAAAGCUUGCCUUCUAUUCCACGGCCAGUCAGGAGAAGCUUCUGUAUGAGUGUCCGAUCUCUGCCUCCUUUCCUCUGCAUCCUGCCUUUUGGCUGUAUGGCUUAAAUCCCGGAAACUCUCUGAGUAUAAGGGAAAUAAACAUAUAAAUGUUUCUUGGACGUUAAAACACAUGGAUUGCCUUCGUGCAGUGUGGUGAUUUGACUUGAGAAUCCCGCUUCCCAAGUUCAGGGAUUCGAAGUAAAUGUUUAACUCUGGCAGGUUUGGGUUGUUUAGACCCUGCACUUUCCAAAGAAAGGACAGGCUCUUGACGGGAGAUAACUUCUAAGCCUUUGGAAUAUCCUGCCUGAUAAGAGUGUAUUUAUUUACCUGUGGGCAUUGGGCCAGCCAACUUAACCUCCGGAGGGGCUGGAAUCUAAGGUGAGCCAUGUGGGUGGUGCCAGUUGAAGCCUUGGAUACCAAGUCUUGGAUGUGCUUCCCCAGCUGGCAAUAUUGUGUGUGUUGUCACACAUCGUGUUGAGAAAAUUAAGCAUCGUUCCCAUGACUCCCCUGGGAGAGGAUAAUAGAGGUCUUCUAGCCCCUGUCCUAUGUGCCUUCUUCUAAUGCUGGUUCUGAUCUGUAUCCUUUCACUGUAAUAAAAAUGUGUAUAAGAGCUUUGCUAAA